AUGAUCGGAGUCACGCUUGUUUCCAUAAUCUACAACGAAAACAACAAUAUGGAAAAAGAUGGAACUUCAAGGGAGACGUCCUGCACCAGGAGUGUUCAAUUUUUGACCAUAGUUUUGUCACGAGUAGAUCACUACAAAAACCGGCUUGCAAUCAGGGAAACAUGGGCUUCAACAAGCAGGUCAAAGUUUGUUAAGAAUGGAACUAUUGCAGUUUAUUUCAUCAUAUCGGCACCAAAAUUCCGUUUUGAAUUUGAACGACUCACCAAGGAACAGCAAUCAUAUAAUGACAUUAUUGUUACGGAUAUUGUAGAGUCUUACAAGAAUUUGAUUUUAAAGGAUGUGUUCUUUACCGGUAUUGUUGCUGAAUCUGCAGGGAUACGUCGAUUAAACUGGUCCGAAAGCAUGGUACUCACUGACGAGCAAUAUUUUCGUGCUGGUCAGCAAUGCGACAGACUAGUCACAUCCACGGUAGUUGCUGUACAUUCAUUGCCUUCUCCAAGUUCACUACGUACAGGAUAUGAGGAAGCGCUCAAUUUCCGUUGUGAUUUGAGAAAAUCAUCAUUUUUUUCUGCAUUGUUCGCAUAUAUUAUGCGUAGCGAUGAAAAAAGUCACCGUUAG